ACAUGACCUGCUGACUAGGAAGUGGAGAGCCCUGAUCCAAGAAUCAGCAGGAGCAGAUCCGAACACGGAAAGAUAGGCACAAAGAACCCCCUAAAAUUUAGAAUUGCCAAUCGCGACGUUGUUGGUGGAUACACGUUACUUUUGCGUUGAAAAUAGAGCAAUAAGUUGGCCUUAGUCAUGGACUCUAGGGCGGUAUUUGUCGCUGUAGUUUUGCUGUUGGUUGGCGCAUCUGCCGCGGUGGACCCAGAUGUAUGUACUACUCUCAAAGAUUGUGAAUUCUGUGGAGCUAAUAUGGACUGCCAAUGGGCCAAUUGCUCAUCAACAUUUGGCUGUUAUAACAAGACUCUGGCUGAUGAAAACUGUUCCAAUGCUACCUGCUCAGCUGUCACCCCAGCUCCAAGCUUUGUCCCCAUGACUACCCACAAGACUACCCCUGCUCCUUCUCCCACCAUGACCACAGUCUCUACCACUGUUGUCUCCACUACUAAUGCAACUACAGACAAUGCCACUGCUACGGUUGCUCCUUCUGUUACUCCAACUAAUAGCACCAAUGCCACCACUAUGACUACUACAACAGCUUCCUCUAAUGUAACUACACCUCUCACCCCGACUGCUGAGCCCCACCAUAACACUUUUGACGCCGCAAGUUUCAUUGGAGGUAUAGUCCUGGUCCUGGGUCUUCAAGCUGUCAUUUUCUUCCUCUACAAGUUCUGCAAAUCAAAAGAUCGCAACUACCACACCCUUUGAAGCCUUUAUUCUUUGCACUUUUUCCCUCCAACUUAGAGCCACUCGUAGAAGAAAACAUAAUGGACUCAAACAGUCUUUUCAAACAAGUUAUUUAGCAUUUUCACAUCUCAUUUUAGUGCUGCUGCUGCAUGCAUGAUAUUUAUUCGCACCGUUUAGGAGCUUGAAACAUUAUUGAGUACGUCAUGCUGUCAGUACACAUCAAUCAUAGCAUUAUUCAUUCUUGCAUAUUAAAUGGGAGUAGGGUUUUCAAAAAUAGCAUUCGCUGUUAAACAGUUACAGUUUCAUGGGAGCUGUUUUGCUUAGGAGAGAUCUAGUUACAAUGUUGUAUUAGUUUUUCUUAUCAAUUUCAAUUUGGAAACACUGUUUGAGUUCAAAGUUAGCCUUUAGCGAGUAUAAUGAUUCUGUGUUGCUCUUAGACUGUAUUACAAUUGGUCAAACUUGAAAAGUCCCUGAAAAAAAUGAAGGAUUUCUUAUUAAAAGCAGCACCUAAUCAUUUCAUGUUGGAGUUUAGGGUCCACUGCAGUGAAGGUCUCCAUUGAUAUUUAGCCGUUUGGGUUUGUCCAUUCAGCAAAUGCUAGUUUAUAAAUGCCAAACAACUUCCCAUAGACCAGCUGCAGGGCAAUAAGCCACGUAUUCAGAUCAUGAUUCAUCAUCCCUAGAAUUUUAUCUGGCUGCAGUUCUUGCGGGUCAAAUGAAAGGACUGUAUAGAACAUUUAAUAAUAAAAUAAUGUAAAAAUGCGUGUUACAGUGGGGAAAUUGUGCACACCUUGUUAACAGCAACAGCAGUGAAGUGCCUUUUUAAUGUCCAGUCUGACUUACAGUGAAGGGGGAAACUAGAGUUGUCCUCCUGGAGCCCAAGUGUUGUGUGAAUAUUGGUAUAUUUCUUCUGUGUGACAUAGCUUGUGUUAGUAGUGAACCAGCUGGACUGAAAUGGCUUUUAUUGAAGAUUACGGUAGAUAAUAAUUCAAGAGAUCUUAGGAGAAGGUUGCGAGCUUAGUUAUAUAUGUGUAAAAGAUUAGGUCCACGUAACCUAAAAUGUCCUCUAAUCUAACAAUUAUGCUCUUCUAGUUGUAAUUUGUGUUGCCUUUUGACCUAAAUUGAGUUGGCAGGACAUUUUGGGUUGUGUGUGCAGUGAAAACAUCUAAAGAUUGUACCUCAUCUGCAACAUAAUAACUUUUCAGACUUGAGUGAGGAGGUGAUUACAAAAUGCAAAACAAUUAAGUGGCCAAGCUUAAGCUCAUGUCUAGUUCUUGAAGAAGCUUGCUGCUAACUGUGAUUUACGUUAAAUAGACCUCUUGUAGAUAGCCAUGUUCUGUUCUAUUUUGCGUUCAGAUUGAGAAAUAAAGGAGAAUGUCUUUAGCUUUAAUGGCUUGUCAUUGUCAAGAAUGUUGGUUUGUUGCCUUUUAAUUAUUGCAUGCUGAAUGUUGGAGUUGUAAUUCCCCCAUUGCAUAUGCUCUUAAUAGGGAUUUAGACACAACUAAUAAACCACUUGUUUUGUAAGCUAUAGAUGAAAAAUUGCCUUGAAACAUUGUGCAUCAAACCAAAGUCCUCGGUUCUGGCAUGGAAAUUAAGUGUUGCACUGACAAGCUUUUUGUUGUUUGUUUUUCAAAUGAUUAGCUGCCUGUAAGAUAGCCUUGACUAUUUCUAAUAAGAAGAAGUUAUGUUCCUUAAUAAGCCAAACAUUAAAAAAAACUUUGUUUUUGUUGCCUUGGAUAAUUUCCGAUGCCAUGUUUUUGCUGCUCACUAUCAUAAUGCCUUUUAUCUUUCACAUUCACUUAGGGGCAUUAGGGUCAACCCAAGAGUACAGGCCAGAGUUUUGCCUUAGCUGCGACAGCACGCAAGCAUACAUUUAAAAACACUCAAAUGUCACUAGGUAUCCACUGGUGAAUUGUUGGCUCUCUACAUUUUGAAUAUCCCAGUUACAUUCCACAAAUUCACAGCAUCACAUGUUGACAAGUGGUGCCACAAAACAUCCCUAGCACCAUAGAGACCAAUUGUCGUAUCCACUGCAGCUACAAGUUACUCAGUCCCUUAUAGAGAAGUGCCUUAUUCAGUUAAAAUAGAGAAUGUAGAAUGUAAAAUGAUAUGCCACAACUAACACAUGUAUUAUAGGACUUGGCACUUUCAGUUUUAAGCGAUUUUAGUGUUGCUCACAGUUUAUGGUCAUUGUUAAUUUCACUUUCACCAUGCGGUCCACUUGCAAGUUGUCCUGGUUGGAUUAUAAGUAUUAUACAUUAUACAUGUACAAGUGCAUCUUCUUUAUCUGAAAUUGAAGAAAAUACUAAUGAUAAUAAAAAUGAAUGAAAAUGAAAAUCAAAGUAUUUAUUUUAAUUGCAUUAAAUAAUCCAAAAUAUAUAAAAUUGACUAAAAUGUUCACAUUUUUCCAAUUUCAGUUUAUUGUGAUGCACCUGAAACAUGACUAUUUUUACUUGGAAUGUGACAAUCUUGAUAAAUGCAUUUGCAAUGUUAUGAUCACUCCUCUCAUGGUACUACUCUGCAAUAUCCACCAUUUUCUGUAUAGUACAAUGUUAAAAUGCACAUGGCAUGUCCAGUUUGUAUGUUAAAAGCCCAUUUUGGUGUUAAUUUAUAUGUUCAGUCACUAGGCCCAAAUGACAUUCACAGCCAUAUAUGUGUGGUCCAGAUCCCACAAUGCCUCCUUGUUCUGCUUUGAGAUUUCCAUACAUCUUCUAAAUGAUUGCCCUUUUUGUUUUAAUGUUGCUUAGUUUGACAAUGUUAAAUCAUUAAAGUUGAAUAUUGUAAAACAAA